AUGUAUGUAGUUACACAUAAUGUGAUAUUCUUUUUAGAAGACGAGAUUGAUGACAGUUUGUCUUCAGAUGAAGACGAGAAUGAUGUUGAAGGUGUUGCUUCAAAUCCAGCAGCUGUGCCGUAUCCGAAAGACAGUGAGUGGACUGCAGUUGACACCUACCGACCUCUGCCUGUCAACACGACACCCAGGCAGAUACUAGUGGAUAUUGAUGAGUCGAGUUCUGUACUGGAUUGCAGUAAAGUGUUCCUUACUGACAGUGACGUAAAUGAACUCAAGAGACAGACAAAUUUGUAUGCAUCACAGACAAUACAGAAGAAAAGAAGAGGAAAUAAUCUGAAGCCCCAUUCAGUUUUGAGUUCGUGGAAGCCAGUGACUAUAAGUGAGAUGAGGCGUUUCUUGGGUAUUAUUUUCCACAUGUGUGUUUCGAAAAAGCCCAAAAUUGCGGACCAUUGGAGCACUAAUCCUGUUCUUAGUUGUAACUUUUGUCCCCAUGUCAUGAGCCGUUUGCGUUUCACUCAGAUACUGUCAUGCUUGCAUCUUGUUGACAAUUCAAAUCAGAAAAAACCAGGCGAAGAUGGAUUUCAUCCACUUUACAAAGUUUUGCCAUAUUAUAAUAAUUUGAAGGAGCGAUGUAUCCAGGCAUAUCGUCCCUCAGAAAAAGUGACAAUUGAUGAAGGAAUUUGCCCAUUUCGAGGUCGUGUGAGUUUCCGUGUUUACAUGCAAAAUAAGCCUCAUAAGUAUGGACUGAAAGUAUAUGCUGUUGCUGAAGCCAGUAGUGGCUAUGUUGUAAAUUUUGAAGUUUAUGCUGGUAAGCAUAUUGUUGACAAUUCUUCGUCUGCGGUUAUUUUGCGAUUGUUGUCUGACAGCAGCUUGCUGAACAAAGGCCACACUGUGUAUUUAGAUCGAUUUUAUUCCAGUCCAGAGCUAUUUCAGCAACUGGCAGAGAAAGGCACUGGAGCUGUUGGUACUGUGAACAAAUCCAGGAAAGGAUUGCCUAAAGAUUUAGUAUCUGCUAAGCUGAAAAAGGGCGAAAUGUCUUUUCGGCGUAAAGAUAAUGUAUUGGCAAUGAAGUGGAAAGAUAAGAGAGAUGUGUAUACAUUGUCUACAAGGCAUCAAGCAACAUUUGGUACGCAUACUAAGAGAAAUGGGUCUGUAGUAUUGAAACCACUUCAGGUACUUGAUUACAACCUCAAUAAAAUUGGAGUGGAUAUUGGAGACCAACGCCUGCAGUACAAUCCGUUCCAGCACAGAACUGUGAAAUGGUGGCGAAAAUUAUAUUUCCAUUUGCUGCUUAUGGGAGUAUCAAAUGCAUUUUGGCUGUACAAUGCAGUGCACAGGAAGAAAAUUACAAUAACAGACUUUAUAACAGUGCUUGCAGUUCAGCUUGUUGAAGACGACACACUUGAAUUCAUUCCAAGAAAUGAAGGAACUGUAGGUCGGCUAACAAAGAGACAUUUUUUGCAGCACAUACCUGCAACUACUAAGAAGUAUGCUGCUCGUGUGUGUCACGUGUGCAGUUCCAGGAGCAAGAAACAGAGUGGCAAGGCUUCUCGCAAAGAGACACGAUACGAAUGUGAACAGUGUGGCGUUGCACUCUGCCUGGAACCUUGCUUUAAAAUUUUCCACACUAAAAAACAAUAUGAUUCUGUGUGA